CAAACCCGGCCGCUCAGCCAUGUUGAGAAGUCGCUCAGCGCUGAGAGCGAAGGAACUGCAGCCCGCCAUUGUGUAAAUUCUAAGCUCUGUAGAGAGACAGGGGCACACGGCUAACUCUCAAAUAUACAUUUACAACACCCUGCCGCUUAAUAAAAAAAAAAUAAAUUAAAUACAAAGGCUUCAGGGAUAAAGACAUGUCAGCCAGCAGCCUUCUUGAACAGAGACCGAAAGGCCAAGGAAACAAAGUCCAAAACGGAGCUGUGACCCAAAAGGAUACUUUGAAUGAUGAUGAGUUUGAGCCUUACCUGAACACUCAGGCCAGACAGAGCAAUGCCUACACGGCCAUGUCAGACUCAUACAUGCCCAGUUACUACAGCCCUUCCAUAGGAUUCUCCUACUCCCUGAACGAGGCGGCCUGGUCCACAGGUGGUGACCCGCCCAUGCCUUACCUGGCCUCGUACGGACAGCUGAGCAACGGGGAGCACCACUUCCUGCCCGACGCCAUGUUCGGCCAGCCUGGCCCGUUGGGCAGCAACCCUUUCCUGGGGCAGCACGGUUUCAACUUCUUCCCCAGCGGCAUUGACUUCUCCGCCUGGAGCAACAGCAGCUCACAGGGACAGUCCACGCAGAGCUCCGGCUACAGCAGCAGCUACGCUUACGCGCCCAGCUCCCUUGGGGGCGCCAUGAUCGAUGGACAGUCACCCUUUGCCCAGAAUGAGCCGCUCAACAAGGCCCCUGGCAUGAACAGCCUGGACCAGGGUAUGUCGGGUCUUAAGAUUGGAGCUGGGGACAUGGGUGCCCCAAAGGUGGUGGGCUCCGGCCUCCCGGGGGGGACCCUGAAUCAUGCCCACAGCCAGGUGUCUGGGGGAGCUCCCAGCAUGCCACUGGCUCCUGUUUCCAUGGCUCCCGCUAAGCCAGCCUCCUGGGCGGACAUUGCCAGCAAGCCGGCCAAGCCGCAGCCCAAGCUGAAAACCAAGGGGGGUGUGGCAGGGACCAACCUGCCACCGCCGCCCAUCAAACACAACAUGGACAUUGGCACUUGGGACAACAAGGGGACCAUGCCCAAAGCGUCCACCCCCCAGCAAGCACCUCUUCCCAGCAACGGGCAGCCGACCAAUCAGGCAUCUCCUCAUCCGGGCGCCACGGCCGGAGGGACCCCGCACCUGCCCCUUAGCAACGGACAGUUGGUGGCGCCAUCGGCCCAAAUGGGGCAGCAUCAGACCCCCCCCAACGGGCAGCUGCAGUUCUCCCAGGGCCCGCCGCUGGCCUCCCAACCCUCUCAGCCCACCCGCUGGGUCCCCCCGCGGAACCGAACCAACGGCUUCGGGGACGCAGGCGGGGGGCCCGGGCAGUCGCCCCCGAACUCUGGUGUGGGAGGGGUGCCGGUGCCCUCGGACCCCCACCCCGUGCUGGAGAAGCUGCGCCUCGUCAACAACUACAACCCCAAGGACUUUGACUGGAACCCCAAGCAGGGCCGCGUGUUCAUCAUCAAGAGCUACUCGGAGGAUGACAUCCACCGCUCCAUCAAAUACAACAUCUGGUGCAGCACGGAGCACGGCAACAAGCGCCUGGACGCCGCUUACCGCUCGCUGGGGGCCAAGGGGCCCCUCUACCUGCUCUUCAGCGUCAACGGCAGCGGCCACUUCUGUGGCGUGGCGGAGAUGCGCUCGCCCGUGGACUACAACACGUGCGCCGGCGUGUGGUCGCAGGACAAGUGGAAGGGGCGCUUCGACGUCCGCUGGAUCUUCGUCAAGGACGUUCCCAACAGCCAGCUUCGCCAUAUCCGCCUGGAGAACAACGAGAACAAGCCGGUAACCAACUCCCGGGACACGCAGGAGGUGCCCCUGGACAAGGCACGGCAGGUGCUGAAGAUCAUCGCCGGUUACAAGCACACCACCUCCAUCUUUGACGACUUCUCCCACUACGAGAAGCGGCAGGAGGAGGAGGAGUGUGUGAAAAAGGUGGAGGUGCAAGGCAGUGAGCCGUACCCAAGUAAUCCGAACCCGAGCAGGAGUCAUUACAGACUUCAGGAGCGCCAAGGACGGGUCAAGUAACAGUCACUGCUUUGGGCAAGAGACUACAAUGCCCCCCUGCCCUUUUCCCUUCCACCCCCAUCACAUUCAGAUCUUUGAAGAAAUUCUAAAUGGGGGUGGGAAAUUAACCAAGGACAAAAAAAAAAACUAAAUGAAGACUUUCUUGAUUUCUUUUGACUUUAAAAGACUUACUUCGAACUUGUAGUAAAAGAAAAAGAAACAAUUAUUCAUAGGACUACAACUUAAAUGCAUAGCAUCCUUAGGUGAAUCUGUUUUUUGCCCGCCCCCAUUCCACUACGUAUUUUCUUUUUUUUUUUUUUUGUCAAAUGCUUUCUUUUUUCAAACAGUCAUGUUUUUACAGUCUGAGAGCAAGUCUGUAAUUCUUGUCACGCAAAAUGCUAGUGGAAAUUUUUAGUGUUGGCUACUAUUGGUGCCCGGAAGUCAAGGCAUGGGCCGCUUGUCUCUUUUCUUUGUUAAACCCCCCCCCCCCCUUCUGUGGGAGAAUAAAUCAUCCAAUCAGGGCGCAGAGAGGGUCUCCUCAGUGGAUAUUCAUCGUCGUGGCUACAGUCAUCGCUCCCUUUCCAAGAAGUGUGUCUCCUAUGCUUCCAUCUUCUGUUAUAAAAAGAGAACUCAACCGAAUGUUCGAGAUGACCUUGUGUUUAUUUCUUCUGUUGGGCAGCGAGUGUGUGUCUGCGUGCGUGUGUGGUGAGAGCCGAAAGCGGAACUAAUUGUUACGUUUAACCUUGGUCAUUGUAUAAUUUUGGUGUACAUCUGUACAAAACGGGCCCCUGUUUGCCGUCUUCGGAACGUAUACUUAACGUCUUUCUUGGAACGGGUUUAUUAAUGUUGCCAUUGGCUGCUUUCCUCCCGCCAUUUUUGUUUUCUCCUACUACUACUACUACUACCACCGUUUUCUUAAAGACGGUGUCGACGCGAGUGGCCUUGCCCCCACUCUUUCUAUUAAUCAGUUCGAAGUAAUAAAUGUGGUAUACUCAGCAAGAAA